GCUGCAGAAUCAAGGUGGGGCGACAAAAAGUUGAAAGUUUGGGACUGCGAAAACGAGUCGCGCAGCCUGUGUGUCGCAGUCAUGCCCUGCUUUUAGCUGGGCGUAAUUGAACUUUUCUUACGUAAAUAGGAGAAGGAAGACAUAAGGACAAAGAAGACGACGAGGACGGAGAAGCCUACCGACCAGAGGCGGAGGGACCAGCCCGCGGAGAGUUCCUUUUUGAAGGCAUGCCGUGCAGAUAAUGCGGAGCCCCAGAUCUGCUCUGGACUGCUGAAGAUCACCUGCCAAAAAACUGAACUCCUCCAUCAGGAGUUGAUGCAUUUGCAACAUCGGUCGACCAUCAGUUUAUUUUAUUUAUUCUUUUAUGGCUCUGGUUAGAAUGGACAUGCUGCUGCUGCUUCGAUGAGAACGGACGUCGCAAAGUAGCCUGACCACCUGCUGCCCCCCCCGGACCGUUUGGCUUUUACCUGCAAACAGGUACUGCACGUGUGUGUGUUUUAUCAGCUCUAAUGGUCGCAGAUAGUAGACCUCACUUGUGAGAGGAAAGAAGCACCUCACCAUGACAGAGGUCCAGAGUCCAUGGCCGCAGGGCACAGAGUGUGUGGCCAGGUACAACUUCAAAGGCACAUCUGAGCAGGACCUGCCCUUUAACAAAGGAGACGUGCUGACCAUCAUUGUCGUCACAAAGGACCCUAACUGGUACAAAGCUAAAAACAAUGCCGGCCGCGAGGGAACAAUACCUGCCAACUAUGUUCAGAAAAGAGAAGGCGUGAAAUCUGGGGGCAAACUGAGUCUAAUGCCAUGGUUCCAUGGGAAGAUAACUCGCGAUCAGGCAGAGCGGCUGCUGAACCCCCCUGAGACCGGCCUGUUUUUGGUGCGAGAGAGUACCAACUUCCCUGGUGACUACACUCUCUGCGUGAGCUGCGAUGGCAAAGUGGAGCACUAUCGCAUCAUCUAUCACAAUGGCAAGCUCACCAUCGACGAGGAAGUCUUUUUCGAGAACCUCAUGCAGCUGGUUGAGCACUACACCAAAGACGCAGAUGGCCUGUGUACCAUACUAAUCAAACCAAAGCUGGAGGAGGGGACAGUAGCUGCACAGGAUGAGUUUUCCAAAGGUGGUUGGUCGAUGAGCAGAAAAGACCUGAAGCUGCAGCAAGUUAUUGGAAAAGGAGAAUUUGGAGAUGUCAUGGUGGGAGACUACAGAGGGACGAAAGUAGCCGUGAAGUGCAUAAAGAAUGAUGCUACAGCACAGGCAUUUAUUGCAGAGGCCUCUGUCAUGACGCAGCUACGGCACAAUAACCUGGUACAGCUGCUUGGAGUGAUUGUUGAGGAGAAAGGAAGUCUUUUUAUAGUUACCGAGUAUAUGGCCAAGGGCUGUUUGGUUGACUACUUGCGUUCCAGAGGCCGGACAGUACUCGGUGGAGAUGCGCUCCUUAACUUUGCUUUAGACGUCUGUGAAGCCAUGGCUUAUCUGGAGGCGAGCAACUUUGUGCAUCGAGACUUAGCGGCCCGAAAUGUCCUCGUGUCAGAGGACAACAUCGCCAAAGUCAGUGACUUUGGUUUGACCAAGGAGGCUUCUUCCACUCAGGAUACAGCCAAGCUGCCUGUGAAGUGGACAGCUCCAGAGGCCCUCAGAGAAAAGAAAUUCUCCACCAAGUCAGAUGUUUGGAGCUAUGGUAUUUUGCUUUGGGAGAUUUACUCUUUUGGCAGAGUACCUUAUCCAAGAAUUCCCUUGAAAGAUGUAGUUCCCCGUGUAGAGAAGGGUUACAAAAUGGACUGUCCAGAUGGUUGUCCUGAAGUUGUGUAUAACAUCAUGAAACAGUGCUGGAACCUGGAUCCCUCUGCUCGACCAAGCUUUCAAAUGCUUAAGGAGUGGCUACAACAUAUCAGUCAGAAAAAGUGAUAUUCCUUCUUUUCUCGUGCUCAUUUUUUAUCCCUAGGACCAUAGCUUGGUAUUAAAUUGAGAAAAAAAGCAAGAAUUUUUUAUUUUUAUUUUUCAAACAUCACAGCAAGAAGUGUUUUCAUUAACUGUAAAUGUGUCCAAACUAUUGCUUCAUUUAAGCCACCAUAACUCUUAACAGUUUAUGAAAGUUUAUCAAGAUCAAGAUAUGAAAUCUUCAGGUCUUUUCUUCGAACACAGCGCUGCCUCAGAGCCAAAGUGCCUUGACAUGCUUUCAUACCAUUAUGGUGAUGAAUGUUAACAUCCAUUGUCGGAGUAGAGACGUCUUUAAAGUUUGUGAACUUAUCAACUUGUUAGUUGGAUGGAUUCGUGGUAUCCGUUUUUUCCAUUACAAUGGCCAGGUACACCUGUUUGCAUGAAUAUUUACACGCUGGGUCUUGGACUAAAUUAAAAAUAACUGUUAUGCAGCUUUAUUUUUUAUUGUUAGAUGAUAUUAGGUGCGUUUUGGCUUUUUGAUCUUUUUUUAAAGUAAAAACUUAAGCACAAGUGGUGAUGGACCAAUCAGUGCAGUUUUUGUAAAACCACAAUUUUGAGUUAAAAAUGUGUCUGUUUUUUUCCCCAACGAUGUGAACCUUUUGGUUCAACAAAACUGUCUGGAUUUUUAUGUUCAUUAUAAAUGUGACAUGCUGCCAUUUUUGACAAUAAAAGAAAUCGUGUUUCAUA